ACAGUCGUUCAAGAUGCGCCCACUCGUCCUGGCCACUGUCCUCUUCGUGAGCUGGGCGCAUGGUCGGUCCUUGCCCCUGCCCAGUGGGGACGACGAGGAGGAUUUGUCUGAGGAAGACUUGCAGUUUGCAGAGCGCUACCUGAAAUCAUUCUACCAUCCUGUGAAUCUCGCGGGCAUCCUCAAGAAGAGUGCAGCAAGUUCCAUGGUUGACCGACUCCGAGAAAUGCAAUCUUUCUUUGGCUUGGAGGUGACCGGCAAGCUUGAUGACAAUACCUUAGAUAUCAUGAAAAAACCAAGAUGUGGGGUCCCUGAUGUCGGUGAAUACAAUGUUUUCCCUCGAACUCUCAAAUGGUCCAAAACGAAUUUAACUUACAGAAUUGUGAAUUAUACACCUGAUAUGACCCAUUCUGAAGUGGAAAAAGCAUUCAGAAAAGCUUUCAAAGUCUGGUCCAGUGUGACACCCUUGAAUUUUACCAGACUUCAUGAGGGCACUGCAGACAUCAUGAUCUCUUUUGGAACUAAAGAGCACGGUGACUUCUACCCAUUUGAUGGGCCCUCCGGUCUACUGGCCCAUGCUUUUCCUCCUGGACCAAAUUAUGGAGGAGACGCACAUUUUGAUGAUGAUGAAUUCUGGACAGACAGUUCCAAGGGCUACAAUUUGUUUCUUGUUGCUGCCCACGAGUUGGGUCACUCCUUAGGCCUGGACCACUCUAAGGACCCUGGCGCGCUCAUGUUUCCCAUCUACACAUACACCGGCAGGAGCCAUUUCGUGCUUCCUGAUGAUGACGUGCAAGGCAUCCAGUCGCUCUACGGUCCAGGAGAUGAAGACCCCAACCCCAAACACCCCAAAACACCAGACAAGUGUGAUCCUGCCUUAUCCCUUGAUGCCAUUACCAGUCUCCGAGGAGAAAUGAUGAUCUUCAAAGACAGGUUCUUCUGGCGUCUGCACCCUCAGCAGGUUGAUGCUGAGCUGUUUCUAACAAAGUCAUUUUGGCCAGAACUUCCAAACCGUAUUGAUGCUGCCUAUGAACAUCCUUCUCAGGACCGUAUCUUCAUCUUUAGAGGAAGAAAAUUUUGGGCCCUUAGUGGCUAUGACAUUGUGGAAGGCUAUCCCAAAAAAAUAUCGGAACUGGGAUUUCCCAAAGAGAUUAAGAAGCUGAGUGCUGCUGUUCACUUUGAAGACACAGGCAAGACUCUCUUCUUCUCAGGAAACCAGGUGUGGAGAUAUGAUGACACUAAUCAUGUUAUGGAUGAAGACUAUCCCAGGCUGAUAGAAGAGGUCUUCCCAGGAAUUGGUGAUAAUGUGGAUGCUGUCUACGAGAAAAAUGGCUACAUCUAUUUUUUCAACGGACCUGUACAGUUUGAAUACAGCAUCUGGAGUAACCGUAUUGUUCGAGUCAUGUCAACAAAUUCUCUGCUGUGGUGUUGAAUGUCUUUAGAAAUUGUUAUUUAAGUCCUGGAAAGCACUGGGGGUAACACUUGCAGAUGCUCGGGGCAGGGCGGGCAGAGCUCAGUUCUGUGAACGGGCUUCAGUAAGUUAUCUCUGCAUGUGCACUAUCUAUGUGACUCUGCGUGGCUGGAACCACAUCGAAGAGUUUUACAGUAAAGAAAUCGAGUGCCUCUAAGAAACAUCAGAUUCUCGUGUGCUGAAAAAAAGCAGUAGCUGACACCAUAUCCCAUGCCAAAAUGGAAUAGAUGGUCAAUCAGUGAGAAUGUGGUUUUUAAACAUAUUUAUAAGGAAACUUAAAAAGGCAUAAAAGUAAAUUACAAUAAUAUAAUUAUCAAUCAUCGUUAAACAUGUGAACUAGUUUAAACGGAAGCUUGAGGAGGUACAUGGUGGCCACACACGAGCAUAGGUAAAGGGAAAUGUCUGUGAUAAACCUGUAGACAACUUUUUGAAAGAUCAUUUAGGUUUUUGCACUGAGAAGAUUCAGUUGUACAUGCCUCCCUUCACACAAACGCUGAGAAAAUAACAGAAGUAACUAAAGAGAGGAGACAAAGGCCAACACAGGGGUGGUACAUGUACUUUGGAUUCUAUUUAAGUUUUACUUCUGUUAAGGGCUCAAGGGCAGCUUUCAAAUAAGACAGAUGUUCUUUUGCAUAUCACUGCACAAUGAAGAAAGGUGCUCUCUCUUUUUAUUAAAAUAUUUCAGGUCUUGAAAAGUUAUGCAGUAAACAUUCAAGUUGUUAACAAAAUAACUUAGAUGAUAGCAUCACUUUUUCAUAGUUGUUUGAUUAUUUAACACUAAACUUAUUGUUUUCACCCUAAUAAUUUUCAUUAUCCAGUUUACCUUGGAUAAAUAGGCUAUCUUCUAAAAACGUGGAUAGGAGACAAAGUACAUCUUAGGAAUUACAAGUAUAUAUUUUAAAACAGAGACUUUCAAAAUAAGAAAGUCCAUUAGAUUGUGGUCCUCUUGAAAUACAGAACCAUUUCCUUCCUUCCUUCCUUCCUUCCUUCCUUC